AUGAAUUCUUUGGUAUCAACUUUACAUCCUUCACAAGUAACCACCAUCGACGUUUCUCAACUGCACCAUGACUCUCAUACGAAGCCUCUUGUGCUCAAAAGUAUUCACGAUGCUUGCCAAAAAAUGGGAUUUUUUCAGGUUAUCAAUCAUGGAAUAAGCACAGAAGUCACUGAAAAUGCUCUUGGCUCAUUGUCCAAAUUCUUCGAUUUGCCAAUGGAUCAAAAGACAAUAUUCUUGUCAAAUGAUGUAAAGAAGCCAGUAAGAUUAGAGAAGUUUCGGGUAGACAACGUGAGUAGGGUUUCGAGAGAGCUCAUCAAGCUUUAUGCUUACCCUAUUGAAGACUGGAUUGGCUCAUGGCCUCAUAAUCCCACAGAUUUCACAGAAAACUUGGGAAAGUACGCAAUUGAGGUAAGGAGAUUAAGCCUUGAAAUAAUGGAGGCCAUAGUGGAGAGCUUAGGCUUGCCUCCAACCUACUCGAGGAGCAGUCUUGAGAAAGGCAUGCACAUGAUAGUAGGUAAUAAAUACCCACAAUGCUCCCCAUCAAGCAACAUACUUGGACUAGCAUCACAUACAGACCACACCAUCAUCACCAUCCUUCUUGAAAGUAUGUCAGGCCUUGAGAUCAUGGAUUCCAAUGACAACAAUGCUUGGAAGUCUGUCCCGGCAGCAGGCGGUACCCUUAAGGUCCUAAUAGGGAACCAUCUUGAGGUCCUCAGCAAUGGAUUGUACAAGAGUGUGUUCCACAGGGUGACUUCAAACGCUCAAAAGAGUAGGGUCUCCAUAGGCAGCUGUCUUAGCUUUCCCAUGGCACAGAUGGUGGAGCCUGCCAUGGAGCUUGUCGAUGAAGAGCACCCAAAAAGAUACAAGGCAAGUAGCUUAGAAGAGUAUAUCAAGUUUCUCUCCUCCAAAGCAGAUAAGUCCUACAUUGAGAGCCUGAAGAUCUGA